AUGGAGAAAUUAUGUUUUAAUUAUGUGAAAGCAUGGCGAUUGGUGAUGGAAAAGCACUCUGAUUUUAGGAUAAACCUGCCGUAUUCAUGUACGUCGUUUUCGGUCACUUCGCAGUACGUCGUGAUAUGUCACGCGAAGAAGAAGAAAAAACCACGUUAUAUGCAACUGCCGAAUGUCGAUAAAACGCAAUGGAUACCGAUGAAAAAUGAUGCCGAGAUGAUACAAACAAAUGAUGAAGGAACAUUGGUGUGGAGGAUACAUAAAGGAGUAGCGUAUUCGCCAUUGCCAAACGAAGCGAGCUGUUCACGUCCGUGUUCGUCGGCGUGGGUGAUGGCCGCGAACGAGGGUGGUGGUAUCGUCGAGUGUGCACUGACCCGUGAGACCGCUUGGUAUACAACCAAAAAUGGAGAGGUAUAUGUACAAUUACGUCUUCCCGAAAUGGGCAUACUGAGUCGUUGUGAAUCGGCCUGGUCGUUGGAGUGCAUAACCGCAAGCGAGGUGGNAUUUGUGGCUGGCAUAAAUUAA